AUGAGAUUGCCAACGCUGGUAGCUGGCCUGAUGGCCUUGAUGGCCACCAAUGUUGCCGCUACAGCAUUGACCUACAAGCUGACCGCCAACGAAAAGGCCUGCUUCUACGCGACCACGAAGAACGAGAACGAGAAGAUUGCCUUUUACUUUGCUGUGCAAUCCGGCGGUUCGUUCGAUGUCGACUACCUUGUCGAGGGACCUGGUGGAAAGGUCAUCCUGGAGGGCGACAAGGAGCGACAGGGCGACUUUGUCUUCACCGCGCAGCAAGUUGGCGACUACUCGUUCUGCUUCAAUAACGAGAUGAGCACAUUUGCCGAGAAAUUUGUCGAUUUCGAAAUUGCUGUCGAAAACGAGUCUCGAACCGCCCAGCUCCCCUCCAAGCAGGGCUCAUCACCUGAACAGACGUCCGUCCUGGAGGAAUCCAUCUACAAGAUCUCUGGCCAGCUUUCUACCAUUUCUCGAAACCAAAAGUACUUUAGAACACGAGAGAACCGCAACUUCAGCACUGUGGCGAGCACGGAGAAGCGCAUUGUCAACUUCAGCAUGAUUCAGAUUGCUCUGAUUGUCUGCAUGGGAGCACUGCAAGUGUUCGUUGUCCGGUUCUUUUUCCAGGGUGCUCGCAAGGGUUACGUUUAA